UACUAGCUAGGAGGCGCACCGGCUCCCCAGCUCGAAACAUCGCGCUACAAUGGCGUCUCUCUGAGUCCCUUCACACGGUUGUUGUGUACAUACCUAACCGGGAAUCCGUCACCAUCUACGCCCUGAUAAUGGACCUCCGGUCCAGAGGCUUUUUUCGGGGCCAUCGGAACUACCAAUAGUACUCGGAAAGUACGAAAUUAAUUGAUUUGAGUCCUGUCGUUUUCCACGCCCGGGGAUUUAAUCCAGUGACAGGAGUAGCACCCUCCGCAUCUGCCGGUUAGCUAACCAGCUAGCUCAGUAGCCAAGAAGGGCAUCUGUUUCCUCUCGGGGUAAAAGGGCAGAGGAGCGGCAAUACUAUAUCUAAAAAAAGGACCGGUGAGGAGUGGAAUCCCCGAGUUAGCAUCCAACAGCAUCGUCACGUUGUAUCCUGUAAAGGCUGGCACCACAUCGCCACCCUAAUGCAGAACCACAAAAGAACGUGAAAUGAAUAAACCACCGCAGCCUAUAACGGGAUCCACCUCUGUCCCAAACCCUUCCCCCUCCCCUGGAUUAACACAGGCGUCCUACGCACCUGGACAGCCUCAAUCACUUGUUUUUGCCACACAGCCACCCCCACAAAUGACCUCUGCACCGCAGCCAAGACAGUUUGCAGCAGGGCCCCGUACGUUACACCAACAGGGUGGAUACCGAGCGCUACAGGGAUACUAUACAAGCCGUCCGACUAUGGCCACGAGUGUGCCGAGGGUCCAAACAAGUGUUGGCCCUCGACCUCCUGGACCCACUCAUGUCUAUCCGCAAGGCUCCCAGAUGAUGAUGAUUUCCCAGCCGCAGCUCUCUUUCCCCGGAUCCCCUUAUUUAAUCCAGUCUCCACAGUUCCGGCACUACAUGCCAGCUACUGCUCAGUACCCUGUGGCCAGUGGUAAUGCAGGCUUCUAUGGAGGAAUUACCCCUGAAUACAAUAGCUACGCAGCAGCAUACUACUCGGCUCAACCACAGUACUCCACAUCUGUCCAGCCUGCACCGGUCAUGAUCAACCCUGCCCAGCAACAGCAACAAGCCCCCCCUCCGCAGCAACCGCCAGCACAACCCCAAGGCCCACCAAAGAGGGAACGUAAACCGGUAGUGUGUCACAACAAAAGGGCGCUGCACCUCUUGUCUGAGAUCACAAUAAAGGAUCCCACCCGGGGAGGACAGGAUAUCACGGAAGAGAUCAUGUCAGGUGGGAGGUCCACCUCAACACCAGCUCCCUCACAGACCAACACAGAUGGACCAGCACAGACUAAUGGUGAAGUCCUUCCGCCUGUUACAACAGUUACACGACGAGACGAUAACACAGAGCAUAUGCCCUGUGUUGAAACUACUCCUCCUGCCGCUGCAACCCCUGAGCCUGUGUUUAAGGCCAAACAGGAUGUGGAUAGCCAGAAUGUCCCCGUCAUGCAAUCAGACACACUAUCUGCAGCCCCAAACCUAACUUCUGAGGCGCCAACCCAACUGGUGGAAGAGCAAGAAAACUCUCAAACUUUCCUCCCUCCAGCUGACACAUCCACCUCUGCUGUGGAUGUUGAUCAAGUCAACACUAACGCUGGUGACACAGUAGAUGCCCCCGUCUGUCCCUCACCUUCAACCACACAAGAGGAGGAACCGCAGGCAAAUCCUGCGCCUUAUGAAAAGCCACCAGAGAAGCAAAAAGUCCAGGAAGUAAAGGGAGUGGAAGAAAAGGAAGAACAGACAGAGUGUGCUAUGUUAGAGCCUGCUGCUCAAGUCCCAGCAGAAGCAAUAGCAGACGCAUUAGUAGCUCCUGUUGAUACUGUAGCAGAGGAAAUGCCUACCAAGAUCACAACUGAAGCAUCUCAGCCUCCAGUCUUGGCGCAGGAGCCUGCUGCUCUACUGACCCAGAUUGCUGCUUCUAUAUCUGAACUAGAACCUAAACCCGAAUCCACACCAGCGGAACCAGCAGAGCCUCCACUCUCUAAUGGCCUACCACAGGAUGUUGAGGAACUUUGUGACGAUAUGGCGUUCUCAGACACUAAACCCUGCGACAAACCAGACGUUUUUAAAUCUCAGGAAUCCACACCUGUGGCUAAAACCCCACUGCCAGUAGAGGAGAAGGAGGAAGAUGUGGUGAUGGUGGUGGUGGAGAAUAAAAAUAAGGAUGAGGGGAAGGCUGCAAAAAGUGAGGAUGUACCUCCUGCCUCUGUAAGCGGUCCUACAGAGGAAUGUACUAUGCAAGCUGCUACAUUUGUGCCAAAGAAAAGGAGGAACAUGAAGGAAAUCAACAAAAAGGAAGCCAUUGGAGACCUUCUGGAUGCCUUUACAGAGGAUCAAGAUGCCAAGCCUGUCUCUGAGCCCUCGUCCACUCAGGCUGACCCUGUCCCUGUUGCUCCAGCUGAACCUCCCGCAGAGGUGGUUGAUGAGACCUGGGAGGAGAAAGAAGACAAGCAGAACGCAGAACCUGACAAGCCUGAACCCAAAUCCGAUUACAAUGGGGAUAAAGACGAGCACAAAAAAGAACUAAGCCCAGACGACAAAAAGUGCUACGACCGGGACUUCCUACUGCGCUUCCAGUUUAUCAAUGCCAGCCUGCACAAGCCAGAGGGGCUGCCUAUCAUUAAUGAUGUGGUUCUAGACAAGGUGAACAAGACUCCACUGCGACCUGCUGACCCAGUUCGAAUGAUGAAUGUUGGCCCUGAUUUUACCCCGUCAUAUUUGGGUAACCUGGGGAGCAGAUCAGUUGGAGGACUGCGUGGACCACCCCCUGGGCCUAGGCGAUCCCAGCAGGGUCAGCGUAAAGAACCUCGUAAAAUCAUCACCAGCAUGUCCUUUGGUGACGACGUGCAGCUCAACAAGGCUGAGAAGGCUUGGAAGCCAUCUGCAAAAAAGUCCAGUAGGGGCCGUGAAGAGGAAACCGCUGCAGCAACCACCACAGAGGAAGAGUCUCCUGAGCAAGCCGAAACAAAAGAGAUUUUGAAACGUCUGCGCAGUAUCCUCAACAAACUGACACCACAGAAGUUUCAGGAGCUGAUGAAACAAGUGAGGGAGUUGGCCAUUGACUCGGAGGAGAGGCUGAAGGGUGCGAUUGACCUCAUCUUUGAGAAAGCCAUCUCAGAACCCAGUUUUUCUGUAGCCUACGCCAAAAUGUGCCACUGCCUUUUGGGAUUAAAAGUCCCCGUCUCAGACAAGCCAGGAAUUAUUGUGACUUUCCGCAAAUUGCUUAUCAACCGCUGCCAGAAAGAGUUUGAGAAGGACAAGGAUGAUGAUGAAUUCUUGGAGAAAAAGCAUAAAGAGAUGGAGGCUGCCAAAGAUGAAGAAGAGCGCGAACGCCUGCGUGUGGAGUGGGUGGACGCCAGGGACAAGUUCCGGCGCCGCUCGCUGGGCAAUAUCAAGUUCAUUGGUGAACUCUUCAAGCUGAAGAUGCUGACGGAGGCCAUAAUGCACGACUGUGUUGUGAAACUACUGAAAAAUCAUGAUGAGGAGUCUUUGGAGUGUCUCUGCAGACUGCUCUCCACCAUUGGCAAGGACCUGGACUUUGAGAAAGCCAAGGGUCUCAUGGAUCAGUAUUUUAAUCAAAUGGAUAAGAUCAUCAAAGAGAAAAAGACUUCAUCAAGAAUCCGCUUCAUGCUGCAAGAUGUUUUGGACCUCAGAAAGAGUAACUGGGUGCCUCGCAGAGGAGACCAGGGUCCUAAAACUAUCGACCAGAUCCAUAAGGAGGCGGAAAUGGAAGAGCGCAGAGAACAGUUCAAAGUCCAGCAGCAGCUCAUGUCAAAAAAAGAGGCAGGGGGUGGCAGGUUGGGUGGUAACAUGGGGGGUCGAGGCCCUCACACACCAGGAGGUAGUCGAGGCAGCCAACCCCAGGAUGAGGGCUGGAACACAGUGCCCAUCAACAAAAGUCGCAGUAUUGACGCACACCGCCUCAAGAUAACAAAGGCUGACCCUACAGAGAUCAACAAUCAGCGACUAGCGCCACUGGGGAAAAGCACGUGGGGCAGCUGGGGCAAAGGCAGCAGCGGGGGAACAGGAGCCAAGCCAAUUGGAGACCAGGACUCUGGCCGCCCAGCUACCAGCACUGUCAACCGCUACUUUGCCUUGCAGCAGCCCAGCUCCUUGUCAUCAGACUCGGAUCGAAGAGAUCAUCAGAGGUCGAGCUCCAGCCGUGAGCGAGGUGGCGAGAGAGACAAAGCGGACCGUGACAGGGAUCGCUUUGAGCGUUUUGAUCGUGACGACAGAAGCAACCGUAGCCAAGUUACCAAGAGGAGCUUCAGCAAAGAAACGGAGGAGCGCGGUGGAAGGGGCAGUGACAGCCGGGCCACCAACGAAUCUGUGCGCCGUGUGGCCAGCAUGACGGGCAGCAGGGACCGGGGCAGCAGGGACCGGGGCAGCAGGGACCGGGGCAGCAGGGACCGGGGCAGUAGGGACCGGGGCAGCAGGGACCAGGCCAGCAGGGACCGGGGAAGCCGGGACCGGGCCAGCAGGGACCGGGGAAGCCGGGACCGGGCCAGCAGGGACCGGGGAAGCCGGGACCGGGCCAGCAGGGACCGGGGAAGCCGGGACCGGGCCAGCAGGGACCGGGGAAGCCGGGAUCGGGCCAGCCGGGACCGGGGAAGCCGGGAUCGGGGAAGCCGGGACCGGGGAAGCCGGGACCGGGGAAGCCGGGACAGACGCCCAAGCAAAGACCUACCAGUGAAGCAUGAGAGUGCCCCCGCAGCUACUACUCUCCCUAAAUCCACCUUGACAGAAGAGGAGGUGGAGAAGAAGUCCACCGCCAUCAUCGAAGAGUACCUCCACAACAAUGAUUUGAAAGAUGCGCUCCUGUGUGUGGAAGAGCUCAACAGCACCGCCCUGCUUUUCGUGUUUGUGCGGAAGGGCGUGGAGUUCACACUUGAGCGCACCACCAGCGCACGUGAACACUUGGGCACUUUGUUGCACAGACUAAUUAAGGCGGGCACGUUACCUGUUGUGCAGUAUUUCCAAGGGCUUUUAGAGAUCCUGGAGGAUGCCGAAGAAAUGGCCAUAGAUAUACCUCACAUCUGGCUGUACCUGGCUGAACUCAUCAAUCCAAUGCUCCUUGAGGGCGGCAUCCCGAUGGGGCAGCUCUUCAGGGAGAUCUCCAAGCCUCUUGUGCCUCUCGGUAUGGCCGGCGUCCUGCUCGUGCACAUCCUCCACCUUCACUGCAAGGGAAUGACACGUAGUAAGGUUGGCACCAUGUGGAAAGCGGCAGGGCUUAAUUGGAGUGACUUCCUGUCCAAGAAUGAAGACGUCAACAAGUUUGUCACUGAGCAGAAAGUGGAGUUUACAACAGGCGAGGAGGAAAAGUCCAAAGACAGCACUAAGAUGUUGCUGAGUUGGGAGGAGAUCCGGCAAGAGCUGGAUCGCCUCCUUCGCGAGAAGGCCAGCGACCAGCGCAUCAAAGACUGGUUAGAGGCCAACCUUGAUGAGCAGCAGAGAGCCACCAACCUGUUUGUGCGUGCACUCAUGACCGCCGUGUGCCAGUCAGCCAUCACAGGUGACCAGUACAAGUUGGACAUACAGCAGCUCAACUUCAGAGCCAAGCUCUUGCAGGACUACCUAUGUGAUGAGGACAAAGAGCUGCAGGCGCUUUAUGCGCUGCAGGCUCUAACGGUGGACCUGGAGCAGCCUGCAAACCUGCUGGGCAUGUUCUUCAAAGAGCUGUACAAGAAUGACGUCAUCAAAGACGAUUCCUUUUUCAAGUGGGAAUCGUGCAAAGACGUCGCGGAGCAAUCGGGCAAAGGUGUGGCCUUGAAGUCCGUCAUGUUCUUCUUAAAUUUUCUUCGCAGCGCAGAGAGCGAGUCUGAAGAGGACUGAAAAGUCCAGAGCUUGGACUCUGCUGCCCCCUGUUGGCCAGGCGACCGGGGUGUGACGAAUCAAGGACAAUGUUGCCUUAGUGGCAGACUCAAAUCAAUCCUCAAUGAGGAUAAUUAUCUUUGUUUUGUUUCUUCGAGGGAUGGACUCAGAAAACAAUCAAUUCUCUCCUCCCUUCCCUCUCUCACCUCCUUACUGUUUCCACAGCAAGUGUCCUCAUGUAAUAAACUUGAAAAGUUAUUCAGCAGGAUUCCCACAUCACUGAAAUGAUUUUCCUCCAGGCCGCAGCCCUACGGGAUGUUUUUUUUUUUUUUUUAUGGUUGCGCAUUAAUCUGCCUAAUCUUUGAGAUGAGUCCAUGUUGCUGAGAGUUGCCAGUGUAACUCAAGCGUGGACGUUUCUAAUCAUGACGAGAAAAUCACGGCGGACAAGAGGAACAUUAACCAAGAUGACAUCCUUAAUAGAAUGGAGUUUCUAGUCUCGCCUUCUGGACUGACCUUUUUACCUUGAUUGCUAGGGUGGUGUGAUCUUGAUGCUUCCUUUCAACCCUCUUCAUCCCCCGUGGUGAAGCACACCGACUGACUCUUCAUCAAUCUUACCUCCGCUGCGGAGGACUCUUAACGACUCAAUCGCCAUAAAACUUGAAGUCUGCAGAAAAUUCACUUGAUGAAUUAUAUAAAAAGUUAAAAACAGAAAAUAUCCGGAAAACUUUUUCUACGUCGAGUGGGAACUCCUUCCUGGAGCAUUCUGUAAAUAUAUAAUAAUUAAAACUUUUCCUUUUUUUUUUUUUGGUCAUUUUUGAGAUAAUGCAGUUGUCCGAAUGCAGAGAGGUGCUUUAGAUAAUCCUUUAUCAGUUUUAUUGGAAUUUUGUAAAUAUAUUUUUUUGCUUUCUUUAUUUAAGAAAUUAUGGCUUCUUUUGCAUCGGAAACUGGAAAGACGAGGAACAUUGCAAAUAAAGGACUUAUUAAGUUGCAUUGAGGAGCUGAUUUUUUUUUGUGCAUGAUUUGAAAGGAUGCCAUUGCCUUUAAAAACGUUUUGUUGCUAACACAACUGAAUGAUGAUUGAAUUUCUCAACAUGAUUGACCAGAACUGUA